GCUGAGCCAAAUUAAACACGACUGCUCAGAAAUUUAGGUGGAAAGACAAUGUUAAGGUACAAAGGUAUGAUGUUACAGGAACUAUGAGUCAUCACACAGAAUUUGACAGAACGUCACAUAAUGUAGAAACACAGGUACCAAAAGGAACAGCUCCCGAUGGAAAAUUAUUCUAAAGGUAAAAAUGUGGAAGAAGAGUGGAUCAAAGAAAAUAUUCCAAUACCAAACUUGCCAAAAGAUUUUUUAUGGAUGCAGGUUAAACCUAGCAGUAAAAUGAAUAACUUACUUACCUUUGCAUUGAAAGAAUUCAAAGAUAGAAAAGACAUUGUUUGGAGCGGAACUGGUCCUGCCAUCUCCAAGACCAUCAGCUGCGCUGAAAUAACAAAACGAGAAAAUGCUGGACUCUACCAAAUCAGUAAAAUUUGCUCUCGCAAAUUCGAGGAACACUGGGAACCAAAAAUUAAUGGCCUAGCACCUCUCAUAGUUCAAAGAGAUGUACCUGCUAUUCACAUCCUUCUUUCAAGGGAGCCACUAAAUAAGGAGGAGCCUGGGUACCAAGAUUCCGAACUAAAUGGCCUGUUUUGGAAAUCUUCUUGUUCUUCCCAUAAAAAACGACCAAACAGACCAAAACCGAACGAUGACCAAUACUUGUCAAUGGGCCUCCAUAUUGGGAAACACAAAUAUUUAGGAAAAAAUAAGUCAUCAAGAGCACCAAAACCACCUCCCAGUAAGAAUCCACCAGGGGACAAUUGAUUUUUAGAUCUAUAACUUUAAUAUGUAUUUAAAAAAAUGUAAUUUAAAAAGAAAGCCUUAACAAAUCUAUGAGAUCAUCUUUUUCUCAGGAAUCUUGAGCAGUAAACAGUACAAGAAUACAACUGACAGUCAGUGUUCUGCCUUCACGGGUGCUAUGCUCCUAAAAAUUGGGUUUUGGCGCCUAUAAAUUGUGGGAGCUAGACCAUCAGGGCACCCUAAAUCUGUCGAUUCUUUUCCAACUCACAAUCGAGGUUUUUAUUUUAGAAUUUGACAAAAUCUUGAUGUUAAUUUCUUUGAUAACUUUGCAUCAAAAUUAGCCCCUAAUGUGCAUGCAACAAAACAACCAUUUUUUCUACUUCUCUCCUCAAUAAUCCAAUCAUUGGUAGCCAAAGUCUACUGGAGCUUAUCUCAGUUUGCGACAUUGUAAGUCUCUGUUUGUGUUUUAUUUUUUAAAGGAAAAAUAACCAACAGUUUCUACUGAUCAACAUAAUGCAUAUAAUUUUUUCCUUUAUUCAUUAACACUUCUGUAUAAUUACUUUUUGUCAGUCGUGUUCUGCCUUCCCGGGUGCUAUGCUCCUAAAAAUUGGGUUUUGGCGCCUAUAAAUUGUGGGAGCUAGACCAUCAGGGCACCCUAAAUCUGUCGAUUCUUUUCCAACUCACAAUCGGCAGCUAUAGCACAUCAUGCAUAUGCAAAAUGUUAAUUUGGCUCCUAAAAGUUGGGCUUUCAGGCCAAAGCGGCCCCUAAAAUUUUAGUAGGAAGGCAGAACACGACUGACAAAAAGUAAUUAUACAGAAGUGUUAAUGAAUAAAGGAAAAAAUUAUAUGCAUUAUGUUGAUCAGUAGGUUCAAAUCUUAAAUAGGAUAUUAAUAACUGCCAUCACGAUGUACUCUAUGAGUUUUCUUUGCAUUUAUUGGAUAUGACAAAUCUGUCUUGUCCAAAAAUCUUAUUGUUGUGAUGUUUUAUAGUGUUUUGAAAAAUUAGAAGCCGUUUUAAACUUUCUGAUCUUUUUUUCUUAAAGAUAACAAUUUCUUAUGCCAGCAAAGUUUUAUUUACACUGAAUUCCUACCAAAAGAUUUUCCUGAAAAGAAAAAAGAAAAGUUCCUUGUUCUGAGUUAAAAUUUCCUAUGGAAAUAUUAUUACCGUGUGGGUAGUGAAUCUUGAACAAAAAUGUUGAUCUCAGAAGCAGCCUCUAAGAAGUGCUUAACACUCAGGAUUUUAGUUUUUCUGCUGACAGGAAAGAGGAACUGAAUCCGUCCUCCUCAAAAAGACUCAAGCGCAAGAAAUGAAAAUACACGAAAAGUAGAAGAAACAGUCUUAACAGACUCGUUUUAAAUCUAAUACUUAUUAAUUAUCUGCUCACGUUAUUUAUUACUUCAAUAUUUUAGAGCUCUGAGGUUUUGAUCAGGUCGCUCUGUACGGCUUUAACUGUUUUUCUUGUAUUUUCAUUUGCUCAUAUUGCUUUGCUUAGAAGAGAUUUAUGUUUUUUAAAAAUUUUCAGACAUUAAAAAGUUCUUUGUCCACCUACGAUGUAUAAUUGAGACUUUUAUUCCAUGUUUAUAGCAAGUCCUUUUAAGAAUUUCCUUUUUGCUACUUUCAGUCUACGUCUCUUGGUACAUUUUUUACUACUUCAUGUGAGAAAUACAUAAUUUUACUUUCAA